AUGAUGCUAGAACUCAGAAAGGAAUCAGAAAUGACUGAUGUACAGCCUGUGGUCACAGAUUUUUCAUCUUCAGGAAGGACAGGUCGUCGGAAUGCCUUACCAGACAUCAGGGGUUCUCCUGGUAGUCCUGGAUCAUCAGAACUGCCUAAAAAGCUAGAAAAUCUCAGCUUGUCACAAGAUAAUACUGAAAAUACUGUUGACAAUGAUCCAACAAACAGUGGAGAAAAACGACCUGGCAAUAACAAUGUGGAAAAUAAACCAGAGAUUAAAAAGGAAGCUCAUAAACACUAGGGAGUGCUAGAUUUAUGUAUGCAGAGGGAGAUACUAAUGGCCUUAUGGUUCUGCUUUUCCUAAAUCUCAAGAUCUGGUAGUAACUAUAGUGACAACUGCAGGCCUGUGCAACAUAUCUGUGUUUCGAAAAUUUUGAUGUGAAUCUACUUACUUAGAUUUCUGUACCAGUUUCUACUGUAGGUCAUUCAAAAAGCAAGUGAUCUUCAAUUUGCAACCAGGAAAGAGGGGGGAAGAGUGGAGUUUUUAACAUCUGUCAUUGGGUAUGCUGCCUUAGAUGAACCCAAUUAAAUUGACUUUCAUGUUCUAAAA